AUGUAUUUUCUUUCCGCAGCGUUAAUCCUUGCUAUAUUCCUACCUCCCUCUUCUUCCUCCCCCUCUCCCUCCCAAUUUACCACCUUCUCCCAGCCACUAAGCUACACCGGCCCUCUCACCAUCGACACCUUCUCCAACAACGAAACGAACGCCCUGGGACACUGGCACGGAACUCUCGAAGACCUUCCUUUCACCACCUCCCCAGGCUCAAUCACUCUGUAUCCGAGCGACCCCGAUCAAGCCUAUCACACGCAGCUCAGUCACGCUCAAUGCUUCAACCUCACGCCCUACCAAGACCGCUACCUCCACGUCGUCUUUUCCGGGCCCGCGACCUUCGGAGUCUCCUUGACCCAACACAACUACGCCUGUGAUCCCUCUAUCCACCCCUACCCAGAGACAUGGGAUACCGUCGAAGCAGCCCGCUAUGAAGCCCUCAGCACCGCCGCGCACAGCGCCAGAGAAAUCUAUAUCCCCCUCAGCCACUUCAACAUCGAUCACCACCGCGUCGUCUCCGUCGGUUUCAGCGGCUUCUAUACCUCCGACCCGACCACCAUCUACCGCGUGGACCUCGUCUCUAGGACGAACGUGCCUCAUUCCUUUCGGGUCCCGAGGAAACUGCCUAGCGGGACGCUCCAUAUGCGAUGCACUGUGCCGAAUUCGUUUGCGUUUGGCAUCGACGAUGGGAAACCGGGCCUUGCGAGGAGGGUUAUGCAGAUCCUGGAGGAUGAGGGCAUCUUGGUGACCUUUUUUGUGGUGGGCAUGGGGAUUAAGGACCCGGAGACGAAUUUCUCGGCUGUGUAUCGCGAGAUGAAAACGAGGGGACAUCAGAUUGCGUUGCAUUCGGAGACGCAUCGGAAAAUCGAAUCCCUCUCAUCGAACGAUGAAAUCGAUGCCGAAAUCACGCGCAAUAUCUAUGCUCUGAAGGACCAUCUAGGCAUCGAGUCUCGGUACUUCCGUCCCCCCUACGGCACCAUCGGCGCGCGCACCCGCCAGCGCCUCGCGACGCAUCUCACCAACCCGCAAAUCAUCAACUGGAGCGUCGACAUCGAGGACUGGCUUUGGGCGAAUACCAGCACCCCGGAGCGCCAGCUCGAGGCAUUCUACCGGGAUGUGCGCAGGGGAGGGAAUUUGGCCGUCGUGCACUUUGUGAGUGAGAGUACGGUGGGGUAUUUGGUGGAUGUGAUCAGGGGGGUAAAGAAGAUGGGGUUUAAGGUAAUGAGGGUUGAUCAGUGUUUGGGCGAUCCUGCGAGUCCGAAACCGGUUUGA